CUUGCAGCACUUAGGUUAAAGGGCAUUGACCUCUCCGAUAUGCAUGUUGCUACUCUCACGCGAUCUAUCCCUAGAGCACCAACAGUGGAGGCACAAUCGCAUGUUGAUGAGCACUCUCCAAUGAGAAAAAGGCCUCGCACCACACUCGUUGCCGACAACACUCUUGAUGGCCUGAAUGAUGAAGAGGAUAUAUGUUAAAGCUUACUUUGAGUUUUGUCUUGUUGAUGUUGUUGGUGUAGAAGUUAAUUUUUUUUCAAUUGGCUGAUAAAGAAGAUGAAGCAACAAUUCAAGCCAUAGUUCACUUCAAUUUGUUUAGCACAACCUGCGUUAUGGGUGUUGAAGACAACACUAAGUACUUGCAAUCUGGUCCUCCUUUUCUCAUUCUUCUUCAUCCUGCUUUGGGUCCACUUUGGGAGAUUACUCGACAGAAGUUCUUUGGUGGCUCCAUCAUGGAAGGGUCUGAGUUACAAAUUGAGGUGGCAAAGUUUAUGUGGAGAGAGGUUCAGCUUGAUGGAAGUCUUCUUGUCAUUGCUGAGAACAUUAUGGGUUCAACUCAGGCUAUUGAAAAUGGUGAACCACUCAUGCAAUAUGGACACAGAUGUGCAAGGUGUAAAUUGCAGAAUGUCAAGGUCCAGAAUAAAGGAAUUGACUGGACUUCUGCUGACAAUGUCUACUGGAUGUAUAACGUUCACCGAUUCAAGAGUUUAAAGGUUAUUCUGCAAGGGAAUGCAGAAAUUGAGGCAACUGAUGUAGUCUUACAGGGCAAUCAUGUACUUGAAGUGCCAAAUGGCCACCGGAUGCAUGUCGGUUCCGGUGAUUCAAGUCAAGCAAAAACUUUUUCUGUGGAGGCUUGUAUUGUUGCUGUUGCUGAGCCAACUGUCCCUAUCCCUGCUGACUCCAAGAAAACUUUGGAUGAUUCCUACAUAUAG